AUGACCUCCACAAACGUCCUCCGAGAUUUCUCCUCCCACCUCACAUUCCGUAGCUGUGUCACAUGUACCACAGAACCAGUCUGCAAUUGUGCCGCCGGCGAAUCAUGUGUCGAAUCGAGUCGAACCUGUACAGAAUGCCCGACCACAACCUGCUUGCCAGUAGCAACAUCCACUCCCGCACCUAGUUCCGGUGGCGGCACACAUACUGGAGCCAUUGCGGGAGGAGUCAUUGGUGGUCUUGCUUGCAUCGCCAUCGGCGUAUUCCUCUUCUGGUGGUUCGUGAUUCGAAAGAGGCGCCAAGCACAGGCGGCUCAGCAGUCCGUCGAACCUUCCAUCCGUCAUGAACGCAGCAGAUCUAUGCAGUCAAUCGCAUCGACGGUCCUCACACGUGCUUCGAAUGUUAUCCAGAUCGCUUAUAUCCCUGGUGUCACCAAUCGCUCGUCUCCAGAAACCCCAGGAACGCUGGUUCCCCCUGUUCCCGCCAUUCCAAGCGCACACGCUUCUACCUACAGCAGUGACCAAUAUCUCUUCACACCGCGCGAUCUCCGCGACUCGCGAUACACUGCUACUAGUGAUCGUCGCAGUAUCGCUACUAGUCUAGCACGAAGCAGUGUUGCCACGACGAUUUAUCGGCAUGAUGCCAUUGUCAGCCCCAUCCCCGCUCAACAGGUUCGUGCUGCCAAAGCCGCCGUGGUCAGUGUCAAGACAGGCAAUAGCACACCUAGCGAUUCAGUUUCGUUGCGCACCGUCGAAGCACCCGCAGUUCCAGCCAUCACAGAGGCUCAGCUACAGAAAGCCGGCAAGAUGAAACCUCAACUCAGUUCCAUUGUUGCACGCUCUGUUGUUGCUCGCCCGGUGAAUGUCAAGGCUUCAGGAUCGAAGCCCAAGGUGCCUACAGUUUCAGAAGAAGAGGUUGCAUCGCAGUCUCAGCCUAAACAGCUAAAUAACUCGGAAUCCACGUUUGACGACUCGUCCGACGAUGACAGUGAUGCCGAAAUCAAUGAAAAGGGUCAAUCCAGUGCUGGGGACAAUAUUCAGAUUGCUUUCUCGUCGCCUAAUGAAGGCCCGUUCGCAGACUCGAAUAUAGCAGGAACCCCUAAAGUAACCGUCAGCACCGCCGCCAGCAUCGCGCCUUCGACUGCGACCGAAACAGUGUCGACCUCUCGCACCAGCAUGGACAGCAAUCAUGACCCACACCGACAAAGAACCAGCAUAAUGUUGGAAAACGCCAUUGCUCCUGGUGCCACCAUACAACGGUCACCGAGUCCAUUUGAUGACCAACAUGAAAUCAAAUAA